AUGAAUAUGUUAUCUAAAUGUAAUAGAGCACUAUUAUGGUGGUCAACAAGAGGACCAUCAUCGAGUAGUACGAUGUUGGUGACAGCGUCCAACAGCAACAAUGCAAUGUAUAUACCAAGCAGAUCGAUGAUGGUCAUCAUGAAGAAGUACACACCAAACACUGAUCCAAAGAGACACAUGCUUGAGGAGUUAGAGUAUCAACAACAGUUGCUAAAGGAGAGAGCACAGAUACAGAACCCUCCAAAGUAUAAAAGAUCUGUUAGGAACUAUAAUAUUACACCACCUGACUAUGCAGAGGUAGACCUUACAAUGAAGGAACCACCAUCAAUGGAGGGACAAAAGAGAUUGAAUGUUGCAGUGAUUGGAGCACCGAAUGCUGGCAAGUCAUCAUUGGUCAACACGAUUGUUGGUGAGAAGGUGUGUGCAGUGUCAAGUCGUGAGCAUACUACAAGAGACGAUAUCAUUGGCAUCUUUACAAAGGACAAGACACAGAUUGUGUUUCACGACACACCUGGUAUCAUGCAGCACUUUGAGCGAAAGUCAAAGAUCAGAGAGUUUGUCAAUCUGGCAUGGAGCGUCGUAAAAGAGUCUGAUCUCGUGUUGUUGGUGGUCGAUGCCUCACACGAUAAUCAAGGAGACACCAAUCAUAUUCUUGUACAGUUGGAGAGACAGAUGAUCGAGUUGUUAAAGGAGAUGAAGGAUUACAAUCAACAGAGUGCCACCAAGGAGUUCAUAUUGGUGAUCAACAAAGUGGAUCUGGUCACUGAACGUGAGGACCUACUGGAAAUGAUAUCAAAGUUGAACGAGAGCAAUAUCUUUAGUGACACCUUUUUGACGUCGGCCACCAAUGGUAUCCAUGUCAACACUCUAACCGAUUUCCUAUUGACCAAAGCAAUGGAUGGGAAAUGGGAGUUUAAUGAUGAGUUGAAAACCGAUCAAACAGAUAUAUUCAGAGCAUCAGAGAUAAUCAAAGAAAAGAUGUAUGAAAAGUUGAGACAGGAGAUACCUUAUGAGGUGACUCAGAACACUAUUGGAUGGACAAAGUUCAACAAUGGUGAUUUGAGAAUCGAUCAGGAUCUCAUCGUCAAGAAGAACUCUCACAAGUCUACAAUCCUGGGGAAGGAUGGUGUCACCAUCAAGUCAAUCUAUCUCGAGGCUAAAAAGGAUCUGGAACGUGUAUUCAAUAGGAGAGUACAUCUAUUCUUGGCUGUCAAGGUUAAGCAGAGUGAA